CCUCGCCGGACCCCGACUGGAGUGAUUGUCGUCGUCCCCGUUCUCCGCCAGUAGCGCCGCUCAUUAUUUAUCUUCUAUUAAAGCUCAAUCUGUACGUUAUAAUUACACAAAACCAUACUGUUUCUCACAUAUAUUUGAAAAAAAUGAAGAAAUCAGACAGAAAUGGGGAAAACUCAUCUUCUAGCCAGAAGAAGAAGAGUUUUGGCCUCCAAAUCGGUGAAAAAGAUGUUGCAUCAAGCAUAAUAGGUGGUAUAGUUGAAAAAGGUUUCAGCACGCCGGUGUCACAACCUCAAGUCACUGUUCUUCCGUUUCCGGUUGCUCGACACCGCUCUCACGGACCACAUUGGGCUCCAAGGACUAGCAGUUCAAGCAUCCAUGAUAACGAUGAGGAGGACGAUGGAGAAUAUGAAGAUCAUACAGACUUUAAUCUGCUUGCUGCUAAUGCUAAACCCAUUCACAGGAAACAAAAAAAAAGUUUGAAUCUUAAACAAUGGCAAGAACUCACAACUGAUGAUAACACUACCAAGAAACAACACAAGUAUAAUGGUAGUGCAAAACCAAGUGAUCCAAAAAAGGAAUCAGGUAACACAAAUUCAGAAGUACCAAAGAGCCACAAGCAAAAAGCAGGCAAUGUUGGUAUUGAUGCUGUCCAAAGUAAUCUUGACAAUGGUACACAGUCAACCAUCAAGUCAAAGGACAUAUCAAGAAAAGUAAAGGUAGAAUCCAAAGAUGAGAUUAUGAUGGAUGUAGGGGAGUUAAGUAUGCCAACAUCUCAUGGUUCUACAAGUAUGGAGAGUGAGAUUGAUGCUGAAAAUCGUGCAAGGUUGGAGAAGAUGUCCACUGAUGAAAUUACAGAGGCUCAAGCUGAAAUAAUGAAGAAGAUGGAUCCUGCAUUGAUAAAGAUAUUGCAAAAAAGGGGACAAGAUAAAAUGAGUAAGAAAAGUUCUUCUACCUCUGCUAUUGCCUCCAUUGAUGCCAAGAAUCAGAAAGAAUCAAUCAUCUCAGAGACUGAUAAUGCUCAAAAGAUGAUAAAAACAAAUCCUAAUCAUUCAACAACUGGAUUAGAAAGUAAGUCAAAUGGCAGCAGUUUAUGGGAUGCAUGGAGCACAAAUGUUGAGGCUGCAAGAGAUUUAAGGUUUUCUUUAAAUGGUGAUGUGUUAAGUGAUUAUGGUAAUGAAUCUGCCAAGGGUAUUUAUGGAAGUGAAAAUGCUGCAGAACGUGACUUUCUUAGAACUGAGGGUGACCCUAGUGCUAUUGGUUACACCAUUAAAGAGGCACUAGCUCUCACUAGAAGCGUGGUCCCUGGACAACGGGCUCUUGCAUUGCAUCUUCUUGCAUCUGUUCUUUAUAAAGCACAAGAUAAUAUUUGCAGAAACCAAACAGGGUCAACUUUGAAAAUUGGUAAUCAGAAUAAUAAUGUUGACUGGGAGGCUCUUUGGGCUUUUGCAUUAGGCCCAGAACCUGAACUUGCUUUAUCACUCAGGAUGUGUCUUGAUGACAACCAUAAUUCUGUGGUUAUCGCAUGUGCAAGAGUCAUUCAGUGUGUUCUUAGCUAUGAUUUUAAUGAGCACUUUUUUAAUAUCUCUGAGAAAACAGGAAUUUAUGAGAAGGAUAUCUAUACGGGUCCCAUCUUUAGAAGUAGACCCAAGAUUGAUGUUGGUUUUCUUCAUGGUGGAUUUUGGAAAUACAACACUAAACCCUCAAAUAUUUUUCCUUUUAAUAAAAUUAUGAGGGAUGAGGAGGGUGAUGAAGAAGAAGAACACACAAUAAAAGAUGACAUUGUGGUUGCUACACAGGAUAUUUUAGCAGGGUUAGUUAGAAUGGGUAUCCUUCCAAGAAUUCGCUAUCUACUUGAGUCUGAUCCUUCAACAGCUUUGGAAGAAACCCUAAUUUCCAUACUGGUUGCAAUAGCAAGGCAUUCCCCUACAUGUGCAGAUGCAAUCAUGAAAUGUGAGAGAUUAGUUCAACUUAUUGUCCACAGAUUCACUACAAAUAACCAAAUGGGAGUUGACUUUAUAAAGAUAAAAUCUGUUACACUUAUAAAGGUACUGGCUCAAUCCGGGAGGUGUAAGGAAUUUGUAGACAAUGGAACUUUCCAGAAGCUGACAUGGCAUUUGUAUCGUUGUGCUUUGGGUAUUGAUGACUGGAUGAAUAAAGAAACCGAAAAGGUCAAACUUUGGUCAACUUUGCUCAUUGAACAGCUAAGGUUUUGGAAGGUCUGCUUACAAUACGGGUAUUGUGCAUCUUAUUUUGCGGACAUGUUCCCUGCCCUUUUCAUUUGGUUAGACGUUCCCUCGUUUGAGAAAUUGAGGGGCAAAAACGUCAUUAACGAAUUCCUUUCCAUCACUAACGAAGCAUAUUUGGUCCUCGAGGGUUUAACAAGAACACUCCCAAAUUUUUACUUAAAAAAGAUAGAUCAUUCAGAGACUUGGAGCUGGAGCAAUGUGGGUCCCAUGAUUGAUUUGGCACUUAAAUGGAUAUCACUAAAAAGUGAUCCGGAAGUAUUUACCUUUUUGUCCCUAAAAAAAGAAGGGUUGACUCCCAUGUUAUGGGUGAUUUCAGCUGUUUUCCACAUGCUUUUUGGUGUUCUCAAAAGUGUGUUUCCAGAAGAUAACUCUAAGAAGCUUCCAUGGCUACCUGAUUUUGUCCCAAAGAUUGGACUACACAUAAUCAAGAAUGAGCUUUUGAGCUUUAACAAAGUCAACAAAGAUUCCUUCUUUGACUUUCUGAGUCAAUGCAGACAUGAAAGCGAUCAGGAAACAUCAUUAGCCUCUGUGUGUUGCCUUAAUGGGUUAACAAGUGUUGUUGUCUUAAUCAAUAAGUUGAUUAACCUAAACAACACUGAGACCAAAGUUUCUUCAAUCGAGCAUGACAAUAUAACAUUCCAUGAGAAAAUUCUUACUGAUGGCAUACUCGAGUGUUGUACAUCUGAGAUGACAACUUUCAUGAAGUUGACUUCUUCUGCUGGUCAACUCUCACAAUCUGUUGAAAUGUUUGGAAGAGGCGGGCCCGCGCCAGGUGUCGGUGUCGGAUGGGGGGCGGCUGGCGGUGGUUUUUGGUCUUCAAACAUUUUGGUUGCACAAAUGGAUGCAAGAUUGGUUUUACAGUUGGUUGAGAUAUAUUUUAAAAACCCCUCAAAUGAAGUUACAGUGGAGAGAAUAAGUUGUCUUUUUGACUUACUUUUACUUGUGGGACCCAGGGACAGGGGUAUAAUGGACAAAACACUCGAUAUUUUACUACAACCAUCAAAUCUCAAGUUUCUUGAUGUCAGUAUCCGUAAUUCCCUUGAUCAAAAAACAUUUGAGUGGGAGUAUACUGAAGAGGAGUUGUUAACAUCUAGUGAGAAUUUAAUCUCUCAUUAUAAGAACAGAUGGCUGAAUAUAAAAAAGUCAAAGUCAAAAUCAAAAGUCAAACCCAGCGAUCCGAGUUCCAAAAAGACCAGAUUCUCACUCGACACCAUUCAGGAAGACGUUGACCAAUCGAUUCGGUCAACUUUGGUAACCGAAUGGGCUCAUCAACGGCUACCACUUCCCAAUCAUUGGUUCCUCAGUCCGAUCUCAACCGUUGACUUGGUCAACCUUCCGGUCAAACCUACCUUCCCUGAAGUUGCAAGAUCCGGGCUUUUCUUUCUUUUAGGUCUUGAAUCAAUAUCCAAUCACGUUUCUUCAAAUUCCAUCAAGGGCGUUCCCGUCAUUUGGAAGCUUCAUGUUUUAUCUGUAACUUUAUUCGCGGGGUUGGAUCUUUUAGAGGAGGAGAAAACUAGAGACGUUUACAGCACUUUACAGGAGUCUUACGGGAAAAUUCUUGAUAAAAAAAUUUCAGAAAUCGGGUCAAAGAAUAGCGUUGACUUUCUGAAGUUUGACCAGGAGAUACACGAUAGUUACACCACAUUUAUAGAAACUCUUGUGGAGAAUUUUGCUGGAGCAUCAUAUGGUAAUUUGUUAUACGGGAGACAAAUUUCAAUGUAUUUGCAUAGAUGUGUUGGAGGGCAAAUUCGACUUUCUACUUGGAAUGCAUUAUCAAAUAUUAGAGCUCUUGAGCUUUUGCCACCAUUAGAGAAAUGUUUAUCACAAGAGGAAGGUUACUUAGAACCUCCCGAGGAUGAUGAAAAGAUUCUAGAAGCGUAUGUGAAAUCAUGGGUUUGUGGAGCUCUUGAUAAAUCAGUAACAAGAAAUUCAGUUUCAUUCACAUUGGUUAUUCACCAUUUAUCGUAUUUCAUAUUUGGUGAUCAUGUUGGUGAUAAAGUUUCAUUGCGAAAUAAGUUGGCUAAAUCUAUCCUUCGUGAUUAUUCACGUAAAUCAGAGCAUGAGGGUAUGAUGGUCAAACUAAUACAAUAUACAAAUGCAAAAAGUUAUCAAAAACUGGAUCAAGCAGAAGAUUUGUUGUUACUCCAUGAGAUAGAAAGGAGGUUUAUGGUAUUGAGGGAAGCUUGUGAAGGGAAUGCUACGCUUUUGAGUAUAGUGGAAAAGCUCAACAACACCAUCAUGAAGCAACAAUAGUUUUAUUAAAAUGCUCACAAUGUAUAUUGAUGAUGAUAAAAUAGGGAAAACUUGUGGAACACAGAAUGCAGUGUAUGAUCUUUUUUGUGAAUGAUCAGGGUAUUUGAAAAUUUUUAGAAAUCAAUUGAUGGAAGUUGAUAACAGAAGUGUGUAACUUUUUAAACCAAUGAUUUAAGUAUUUCCUACUAUGCCAAUCUUUAGAGUCAUGUAAUGAUAGUCCACAUCAGUAAAAGUAUUCGUUAAUAUGUAAUAAAUAUUACAUAAUAUAUAAUAUAUAGUACGCACUAUAUGACACAUACAUUGUAUAAUGCAUCAUGC